GGAUGGGGUCAGCUGACAUCACUCACCCCGGCUGCUGUAAUUGAAAGAGGCUUUAAUCCUGUUGCUCUGCAAAGCUGCCAGCAAGAGAGAGAGAGAAAGAGAGAGAGAGGGAGGGAGAGGGAGAGGGAGAAAGAGCGAGAGAGAGAGAGAGAAAGAGAGGGAUUCAGGGAGGGAGGAGAGCUGGCUGGGAAUCAGGCAGGAGAAGUGCUCAGGAACUCUGUGGAAUUGUGGAUCCCUGCGCUUCCUCAGCAACGGAAGAAGUUUGCUGUCCACUGCCAGGAGGACGACACCCCACCCCCCCUGCCCCACCCCUCUUUCCCCCGCCCCCUCGAGAACAGCGGCUCAAACGCUCCAGCACCCCACGCUUCUAUCGCCCUGGAGACGAGCUGCCCCCCCGCGGGGCCGGCUGAGGGUGACUGCUGCGUGGGCACCUGCCACUCCCUGCCAGCGCCCCCCACGCCCCCCCCCACUGCUGCCCAGAGUGGCACACGAAGACGGCUGUCCUGCCAGCGAUGGAGUGAUGGAGGUGGUCGGGCUCCAGGACUCAGUCAUGGAGGUGCCUGCAGAGGACAGGAAAGGGGACAGACUGCCCUUCCAGAUUUUCCCCGACCCGGUGGAGGUGGAGGUGGGGACGGAGGACUCGCUGGGCUGCCCGCCGGAGAAAGAGCGCCUGCCCUCCAUCGUGGUGGAGCCCACAGACGUGAGCGAGGUGGAGAGUGGAGAGCUGCGCUGGCCGCCUGAGGACAUGGACUUCCAGGAUGAAGAGGACCUCUUCCUGGAGCAGUGCAUCCCUCCUGGCAAUAUCGCAGACUGGGGCGAGGAUGAGGAGGACGAGGAGCCAGAUGAAGAGGAGGAGGGAGAGGAAAGCUCCAUCAUUGUCAACACCCAGCUGCAUGCAUCUCUUAUUGAUGAGGACUUCAGGAACGACUCCCCCACCUUACUUCAUGACAGUGCACCAGCUCUCAACUGACCAUCAUGAUCAAUGGGAGGUGUCUCCCUGGCAUAUUUGAUCACAACUAAGAACGCUUAAACUUCAAUAUGACCUCAUCAAUGGACACUUUAAAGGUAGCUUCACAUUAUCAGAAACACAUACCGGAUUCAACAGAAAUACAGAGGGAACACUCCGAUAAGCUCUUAACAGUUUCGGAACAGCCAUAAAGAGCACACAUCCCAUUAUAUUGUAUGUUGUUUAUUGGUCGACUCCUUUUUUCUUUGUCUGUUUUUUUAAAGAUAAAUUUAAUGCUCAACGUUCAAUUCCCACAUUAAUUUGCAAUGACUAACUCUCAUUGAGAGUGUAAAUGCAUGAUCCCCACUUCCAAUUGGGGAACAUUUAUUUUUACCCUUGUCACUGUGAACUUCCUUUCACAUGUGGGGAAAUGACAAAUGGCUUAUCUUCCAGCAACCUCAAAGUGUGGUAACCAUUUCCCUACCCAUUUUGCAAUCAGAUGCUGCGACAGCUCUCUCCUGAUUAAUUGUUUACUGGUUUAUUUAUCCUUUUCUUAAGUCUCACCGGGGUAAGGAUCUUUUUUUCAAGGCCUGGCCAAGGGGUUGCAGCAGACAGUACAAAACAUAACACAACACAACAAUAAGAAGAACAGCUACAGCUUUGCACAGUAAGCAAAUCUUUCUUGCACGGAGAGGAAGUGUUAUUGCGAAAUUCCUCAUGAGAUACAAAACUAAAAUACUUUAUUGUUCUGUCAAGUAAAGUGUCACAAUAUCAUCAAAAGUUUGGUCAUAGAAAAUGGUCAUAGAAAAUGAUCAAACAAUCUAACUUGAUGAACUCAGGCCAAUGGAAAUAAGUCAUUGCGCACAGAAUUAUUCACACAAUAGCCAAUGGACAAAUACAUAGACUGAUUUUCUUUUAACUGAAGAAAGUAAUUAAUCUUUCCAACUGUUUAUUUAUUUUUCCUAGUUUUGCUGUUGGCCAUUCCCUCUUUUCAAAGAGUGCUAUUUUGCUGACAGAUGCAACUUGUUUGAAAGGUCAUAAUUAUCUGAAAUUUCUUCACAUCAUAGCAUAGCAAAACCAAGGAAGAAUGAGUGGUAUUAUGAUGUAUGUUGAAAACAUAUUUAUUGUGCAAUUUUAUAUACUUAUCAAAAGACAAAAGUUAUAAUAUCUUACACAAAACCUGUGUACAGAAUACAUUAAUUCUCUGAAUAACAUGUACUGUUUAAAUGUUUAAACACCCAACUUCCUGGCUUCCUAAGACACAGUACUGUAAUAAUCUGUGGCAACAAUAAAAUAAUAAUAUUCUUUAAAAGCUGAGAUGAUGUGAUAAUUCGGUAAAUAAAGAAGAGAAGUUUGCCUUUAACAAGAAUUAGACAUUUUGCACACAUUCUGUGAUGGGCAUAAAGAUUAAGAUGUGCAAAAACAGGAAGGCGACAUUUAAAAAAAAAUCUACCUGAUGUAAUGAUUAGGCAUCUUUUCAUGCACCCAUGCACUUUCAGCAGACACCAGCACAGUGCCUUCAGAAAGUAUUCAUCUCCCUUUCUCACAUUUUAUCCCUAUACACCUUAAAACUUAAAUGAAUGGAAAUAUAUGUGUAUCCCUUCAAUAACAGAUUUAUAAUGCCAAAAUACUUUUUAUUUAAGGACAAGCUUUUUAAAAUGGAAGGCUAACAUUUCUCAGUUACGAAAGUAUUCACCCCGCAAAAUCACCACCUUGCCUUCAGCAGCGAUUAUAGCUCUGAGUCUUCACGUGAAUAUAGUUCUAUAAAGAUUAGACAGAAUGAAGUCAGAAUUGAAACAGACCUCUUAACUCAAUUGUGAGCACAAAAAUCGCAUGU